AUGAAGAAGAAGAAGGAAAGUUGUGACACCUUCAUGUACGAGUAUGAGGUUGAUUCUCGUAGUCCACUGAUGCAUUUAUUCUGGUGCGAUCCUAUUGCUAAGAAGAAUUUCAUGCAAUUUGGUGACAUUGUCUCGUUUGACACUACCUACUCAACGAAUAGGUACUCUAUGAUAUUUGCUCCAUUCACUGGGAGGGACAAUCAUGGGCGUGCGUUUGUCAAGUGUAUGGGCCUGUCUCCUAAGUUGAUUAUUACUGAUCAAGACUUGGGAAUGAAAGUAGUUGUUGAAAAUGUUCUUGUGGAUACACGUCAUAGAUGGUGCAUGUGGCACAUCAUGGCUAAAGUCGCUGAAAAAGUACCUAAAUCACUACUUGGUAAUUCUGUAUUUAAAAAGGAUUUGAAUUCGUGUGUUUGGUCUGAGUUGAUUGAACCCACCGAGUUUGAAGACAAAUGGAACACUGUCAUGGAGACAUAUGAACUUGAAGACGCAGACUGGUUUGUUUCUAUGUUCGAAUCUAGAGAGUUCUGGGUUCCGGCAUACUUUAGGGACUUUCCUAACAGUUCUCUAAUAAAGACGACAUCUGUUUCUGAAUCUCAGAACAGAUUUUUUAAGAGGUAUACUCAGUCCAGGGCUAACCUUGUUAUGUUUUUAAUGAACUUCAACAAUGCUGUUGAUGCCCAACGCAACAAGUCCGCAAAGCUGGAUUAUAUGGAUGCAAAUACUACCGCAAAGAUGAGAACAGAGUGGUCUGUUGAGAAGCAUGCAUCAACAAUAUUCACAGACUAUGCAUUUAAGGAAAUACAGGAACAGAUACUGGAGGCGUAUAACCAUUGCAGCCUUAUUUCUAUAUCAAAUGAAUCAAGUCCGGAGCAUUACAAGGAUCGGUCUUGUAUGCUGCCACGUCUUUCAUGUAUCGAAGAACAAAAAUUGAUUCCAGAGAAUCUGAUUGGAGGUAGAUGGUUGAAAUCUCCUCUAGUUAAGGCUGUGCAUGCAGUCCAAUUUGAAGAUGUAGCAACGCAUGGUUAUGUUGAUGACAAGAAAAAGGCGCAAGCAAUUUUAUUGGGAGAGAUGUUGGAGUUGUACCAGGCUGUUUCUGUCAAUAUUGAUCAAAUGCAUGAGCUUACAUCUAUAGUUCGUGAAGCAAGAUAG